AUGAGCUCCCCUGCUGUCGAACUCGGCCCUCUGCAUGCCGGUAACCGGAACCGACCGGCGGCAGCCACGAGAGUGACGGCCGCUGAAGACACCAAUGUCACUGAGAACAACACUCAAACGCUGCCUGAGUUUUCACUACCCCCCACCGACACAGGCAAAGAUGCGUGGCUCUUUCUGGCUGCAUGCUGGGCUGUGGAAGCCCUCGUGUGGGAUAGUCUGACUUGUACCCAGGGUGUCAUGUACAUCGCCACGCCCUUCGUCAUCGCCCUUUGCCGCCUGCGCCCCCGCUGGGCACGCUGGUUCACCCUAGGCGGGCUCGUCUCAGCCGCACUCACCAUGGCGCUCAGCUCGCUGUGCACGACGGUCGGCCAGCUCAUCGCCACGCAGGGAGUUUUGUUCGGCAUCGGCGGCUGUUUCGCCUACUGCCCCAGCAUCCUGUACAUCGACGAAUGGUUUGCCCGCCGCAAGGGUAUGGCCUACGGCAUCAUGUGGAGUGCCGCCGGGUUUGGCGGCGUUGUGCUGCCGCUGCUGCUCGAGUUUCUGCUGUCCGCAUACGGGUUCCGCACGGCGCUGCGCGUGUGGGCGGUGGUCCUGUUCGUGCUUGCCCUUCCGCUGUCGUUUUUGGUCAGGCCGAGACUGCCGUUGCCGGCGCCGGGGAUGGGGCGGCACCGCUUCAACCUGCGCUAUGUCUUGUCGACCCGGUUUUUGUUGCACCAGCUGGCCAACGUUGUUCAAGCGACGGGGUACUUUCUCCCCGGUGUGUAUCUGCCGUCCUAUGUACGCGGCGCCUUUGGCACAUCUACCAUGCUCUCGACCUUGACCGUCAUGCUGGUCAAUAUUACCGCGGCCGUGGGCUCGGUCGUCAUGGGUUCGAUGUCCGACAAGUUGCCGGUUACAACAUGUCUUGUGUUGUCGGCGGUCGGGGCCAGUGUUGCGGUGCUGGUGCUGUGGGGUUUGACGUCCACGUUGGCGGGGGUGUAUGCCUUUUGCGUGGCAUAUGGUCUUUUUGCGGGGUGCUACACCUCCAUCUGGCCGGGCAUUAUGCGGGAGAUUGCGCGGCCGGUGGACUCGGACGAACAGACGCACGCGUAUGUUGACCCGUCCUUGCUUUUUGGCUUUUUGUGUGCGGGUCGGGGGAUCGGCAACGUGGUGUCUGGCCCGUUGAGCAACGUGCUGGUCCGUGGACGUCCGUGGCUUGGCCAGGCCAUGGGAGGCUACGGGAGUGGUUAUGGGACUUUGAUCGUGUAUACGGGACUUACCGCUGUUGUUGGUGGCAGUGCCUUCUUCUGGAAACGCCUAGGCAUCCUCUAG